AUGGCAUCGGACCAGCCAGCCGACGCCGUCGUCACCGCCGCAUUAGAUGCUUACGCCCGCCUCCCGAAACAUGGCAAGCCGGUAGUCCGGGAUAACGGCGUGCGCGAAUGGACAGUCUUCGCCUCAAUCAUCGUCACAACCCCCUCCCCGGUCGUAGCGUCCAUCGGGACCGGCGUGAAAUGUCUCCCUGCCAACCGCCUUCCUCCAUUAGGAGAUACCGUUCACGACUCUCAUGCAGAGGUACUUGCGCGCCGGGGAUUCGUGCGCUAUCUCCUCUCCGAGGCUACCUCUGCCCUCGAGAAUGAAUCGGCUAUUCUCUCCUUCGUGGAAGGCAGGUUUGUGAUCAAGGACAACGUGGAAACGUGGCUAUACAUCUCGGCCCUGCCUUGCGGCGAUGCUUCGACCCUACAUACCGCCGCGCACCAGGACGACGCGGCGGCGUCGUCAUAUAAAGGAGGGCUGGAGGAGGCUCUCUCGGCAGUAGAGGGAGCCGCGAGAGGACGGAGCGGGUACGCCAACCUCGGGGCAAUCCGGACUAAACCUGGGCGAAGGGACGCGCCGGCCAGUAUAUCCUUUUCGUGUUCGGAUAAGAUUGCGCUCUGGUGCGCAUUGGGGUUACAGGGCGGCUUACUAGAAUGUUUUGCGCCGGUGUAUCUCGACCAUAUUGUCGUUGGUGGAGUUAUCCCUAUAUCAGAAGGGGAGGAAUGGAGGGAGACGAUACGGCAUGAAGUCGAGAGGGCCGUUUAUGGGCGGUUGGAGGGUGUUGUCCACCUCACCAAUCUUGCGUUCCCGUUCGACAAACCAGAAGGAGAUUGCGCCACGGCGAAUACUAGCCUCUCGUUUGUUGAGGGCCACAAGCCCGAAGUGCUCGUCAAUGGGAGUCGAGUGUGCCGCAUCGAGAUUAUGCGGGCUUACCUCGCCCUCCAGGCACUCAACCCCAGUGGAUCAGUAGAGGAGGGGGCAACCUACGCAUCGCUCAAGGUCCGCAACGUCCCGUACGCCACGGCCAAGCGCGUACUACGCGGCGAACUUGGCGUUCCUGUGGGCAUGGAGUGGAACUUACCGCACGAGUUUCAGGCUACGGCUGGCGACGCGCCUUUCACAGGCUGGAUCGUCGCCGGGGAUCGGUACAUGUCGUUCACUGCGGCCGGGGAGAGGCGAGAGUAG